AAACAUUGCAGCAUAGUAGGACCAAUGUGAAAUGGUAUAAACUCUCCACUACAGAUUACUCCCUGGUGUAUGACCAAUUAGCAAACAAUAUCAUUACACAGUUCAAAGGAAAGACAAGUUUAUUUGGAUCCCCAAAUGACAAAAACUGCAGUUUAAAGAUACAGCCGCUUGAAAUGCAGCAUAGUAAAGAACGACUCUUUCCGUGGAUGGACCCAAACUCUAUUGAAUCCUAUCACAGCAAAAAUUUUGACCACGUAACUGUUUCCCUUGAGGUGACAGAUAUUGUUGAGAUACCACAGGCAAACCUUCUUGGCAUCACUAAAGUUGGUGAGUCAGUAACCUUGUCCUGCAGUGUGAUACACACCUGUCCUCCAACACCCCCAACACUGAGUCUGAGUAUUACACGUGGAACUUCACAGUUUAGACACACACCUAUUCAUGAUGGGAAAUGGAAGGUAACCAGAGAGAUUACAUGGAUUGUUGAGGAAAAUGAUAAAUCUGUUACAUGCAUUGUGAGUUACGCAGGUGGACAGACAUCAAAGACUGACACCAGUAUUAAUCCUAUAUGUGAUUUUCACAAUCCUGUUAUAAGUCCAAGCCAAGAUGAGGUUAUGGAAGGCAUUGUGAAGAUCUUUACUUGUACAGUGCAGCACACCUGUCAAAAAGAUAAGCCGAACAUAAUCUGGAAUUACAAAGACAUGCCAGUUUCUGUUAAAACAAAUAAAGUUUCUUCCUACAUUUGGAAUACAGUUUCCAGUUUAAAAUUUAGAGCAUCAAGGGAUGACCAUGGAAAGACCUUAACAUGCACAUCUCAAACUUCAGUGGGAGAGACUUCAGAUCAUGUUACUUUAAAAGUAAAACGAGGAAUGUUUUCACUGGACUGGACCUAUUCAAUGCCCAGUAAGAUCACAGGCCUCCAGAGCUCCUGCCUUGUCAUUCCUUGCAGCUUUGAAUUCACAAAAGAAAAACAAAGCAAUGUUGAGGUGAAAUGGUACCAAUACAUUAAAGACAAAUUUCCUUUAGUGUAUGGCCCAGAUAGUGGGAAUAUUGAAAAAAUAUUCUUUGAAAGGACAAGACUGCUUGAACUGCCAAGUGAGAGCAAUUGCAGUUUGGAAAUCAAGCAACUCAAUAUGCAACACAAUAACAAAAGACUGUAUCCCUGGAUGGAUCCUACACCAGUUGAGAAAUUUCACAAGGAAAAUUACUACGACAAAUCUAUUGAGCUCACCAUAAAAGAGCAAGCUGAUAAACCAAAACUAAGUAUUAUUGGUGUAGCAAGAGUGGGAGAGCAAGUCACAGUGUCUUGUAGUGUUCUGCAUACCUGUCCAUCCAACCCUCCAAAUCUAAAAGUGGGGAAAGAACUUGACACUGAUGUUACUUCACACAAUCCAGUACAGGAUGGCUUUUGGGAAAUGAAAAGGAUUCACACAUUUAAAAUUAAGGAAGAGGAGAAAACUGUUCAAUGUAAAGCAACAUUCCAUGGUGGACAGACAUCAGAGGCACAAAUCGAUCUUAAUGCUCAGUGUACUUAUACAGAUAUAACCAUUGAUCCUGAAGUGGGCGAUGUUGUAGAAGGUGUUGGGAAUAACUUCACCUGCACAGUUUUCCAUUCUUGCAAGAAUCAGCCUCUAAAAUUUGCUUGGAACUACAAAGAGUUACCAGAGACUUUGGGGACCAAAAAAGGCUCAUUGUUAAACUGGGCCACCUUCUCCAAUGUUUUCUUUAUAGCUUCACUGGAAGAUGAUGGAAAGAAACUGACUUGCACUGCAACAUUUUCUGGUGGAGAGAUCACAACCUCCAUUGUUUUACAGGUUCAAAGAUAUGUGCCCAAAUUUGUGGAUCCAUUUGAAAAUGACACUUUCCACAUUUUAGAGGCAAAUGUCGUGCCCAAGAUCAGUGCUUUGACCCGCUCUUGUGUGGUGAUACCAUGUACUUUCAAAACGGGUGAUAUGCUAAUUACACGCCUUCGAGGUCUGUGGUACUCCAGUACUGGUGAAUAUGUUUACCACACCGGAAAGUCAAACAUUAUGGACAACUUUAAGGGCCGCACGCUUCUGGGGAUGACAGAUGAGGAGAACUGCACUUUAGAGAUUGAUAAUGUCCAAUCUCAUGAUAAUGGGCCGUUCUGCUUCCGUGCAGAAAAGGGUAAUGAUAAGUACAGCUUCAACCACAGCUGUGUGUUCAUCAUCAUGAAAGCAACUCCUGACAAGCCUGUGAUAUCGGCUCUUCCCGAGGAGAUGGAGCCCGGCAAGCGAUUCACAAUAAACUGUUCUGUCACACAUACAUGUUCCUCACAUCCGCCAAAUAUCACAUGGAAUGUUCGGGCUGCCAGAGAAGUGGUUAAGCAUGUGGAGAAGAAUGCAGGCAAAUGGGAAACAACCUCCUCAAUUACUUUCAUCCCAACUGGCUAUGAAGAAGAAGAAAAUCUCAUUUGCCGAGUCACUUUCUGGAAGGGAAAAAAACAAGAAAGCUCAGUCUUUCUAAGUGUAAAACGAUUUGAAGGACUGGGUAUGGGCAUUUUAGGACUUUAUAUAUCUCUGCCUUUGGUUUUACUAUUGCUUUUGUGUGCUGGAAUUAUCAUUUGUAGGAGAAGAGUUCAAACGAAAACUAGUGAUGAAGCAACACCUGAGAGAAGGAGAUCAUUUUGGACCCAAAUUUCCAGGAGAUAUAAUGGGACUGCAGGUUGGCUAAAUUCCACUAUGGAGACCAGACCACCUCCAAGGCCACCAAAACCAGAGAAGAGGGGCAGCAUCUGGAGCAGGUUUUCCAGGAGAAGUCCAGCACCCAGUGCAGAUCAGAGGGUGCAGUACAAGGUAAACAAUACCAGAGUAUCCACAUCUGCAGGAUAUUAAAAUCCCCGCUUUCCAUCACUAUUGAAUGAACCAAAAUCCUACAUAUCAGGAGUUGCCACUUAGCAAGUAUCAUGAUGAAGAUGAUUCCACCAACACUGCAGAUUUUAGAAUCUAAAUAAAUGAAAUGCUGUUUUUUCUAUUA